AUGAGUAUCAUUCAUGCCAAGUCGUCGGUCUGCUUGCCGAGGGAGCGCGACAUCCCUCGCGAGGGCGUAGCUACACUCUCCAGGUAGGUAACAUUACAAUUGUCGUAAAGGUUUUGGCAGGUUGCGAUUAAGUGAAGUCCGGUCAAAAAUUACCUAGAACACAUGUAAAAACGCUAAAACUACUUUACCACCAACUAUGCUACUACAAGGUAACUGAUCUUAUCUUUAGAGUCACCUCCGUUCCCAACUUGGCCAACCGUCAUGUUGAUGCCAAAUAUGCACCAUCAACCUUAUACGGCCAACGGUUAGACAGAACUGCGGUAAGCCUUUUACCUUUAUCCUAUUUUUCACAUAAAUCUAACGAAAAAAAUAGAAAAAACGCAACCAUAAACGUACUUUUUCAAUCCAAAAACCUUCGUAAAGCCUACUACAAUAUAAUGUUUAGUGGGACGACUACUACACUGACAACUUUGUCCACAACCCCACUGUCUACUGGCAAGACUACCGCUACACUGCCAGAAGAUACCCCAACACCGAUCCCAUCCCAAACAGUGGAGAGUUCGGCGUUCCUGGCUUCUGGUCACGGUACAAGUUCUACACGGACUACUUGAACCCUCAAUACUGGAGGAAGUACCGUGACCCCUACUACGACAGACCCUUGUGGGACUCGUGGAAACCUUACUUGAUGGACAGGUACAACUCCAAGAAAGCUAUCGACAUGUACAGACAGGUAAUCCUUCUUCUGAACCUCUUAAAAGCCUUAUCAAUAACAAUAUUAUGCUAAGAACAUUAUUUUCGGUCAAGAAUAGCAAACUUUUCAAUAUUUGUGAACUAACCAUAACUUGAACAAACCACUUUUUACUUAAAAAUGAAAAGAAAACAAAAAUAUGGCAAAGAAAUGUUGAUAUUAACAUGAAUAUUAUCACAAACCUUGAUGUAAUUAACUGCAGGGUCUAAUCUCGUUUGAUUACCUCGACAAGAACUGGAUUGAGCCCACAGCUCUGGCCCGCAAGGACAAGGACUGGGGAGACACCUACACUCAGGCGGGUGAGUCAUGAUUAUUCGUCCGUUUAUUUAUUUACAGGUCGAUAUGGUCCACGAAGAUAUUUCUAUCAAUUCUCACACUGA